CAAGGCUGUAUUUAGUCUUGAGUUAUCACUGGGUGGGUGUGAUAAAUAUUUUGGUGGUAGGGUUUGAAUGCUUGAAUUUCCAGGUUGCAGAGAAGCCGCGCUGAGUACAAAGUGCGGUUUUGUUGCACUCUUGGAAAGUCGGGUGCCGUAAGUCGAAAAUAAGGACUAUCUGGUUCACACAGCGUUGACCUCAGUCGAAAAAUUUGUGUUCGCAAAGCUCGUGUUUGCUGGUUGGUGAUUGACUUCAGUAUUUUGCGACGAUACUAAGAAACAUUUUAGACGUGGUUAUUAAUUUAUAAUAUUUAAUAAUAAUCAUAAUUAUGGAAACAGAAGAAUUGGAGAAGGAACUUAUUCAAUCUAUGCGACCCAACUUAACAGAGCUGUUACGUAUAUGGAAUUAUGUUGGCUUCAAUAAAUUAGAACGUUCAGAGCGUAUACAACAAUUUGUCCAGAAAUUACAAACAGUUCUAUGUGAAGUAAUUAAAGAAGAGAAUUCAGCACGAUUAGCUAUGGAACAGAAAAUUGAAUUAAGACGUCGUGAAAUAGCUGAUAUGUGUCAACAAUUAGGAUUGGCACCAUUUCUACCUGAACGUGGACUUACGUCGAGUGAAUUAAUGCGAUCAUUAAAUGAUAAAGCUGAAGAGCUUGUUCAACAGAAAAGUGCUCGUUGUGAACGUUACUUUUGGUUAAGAUCAAAAAUAUUACGAUUGAAUAACUUGCUUGAUGACGGGGAUCAUCUGAGUGAGAUUACAAAACAAAACCUUGACACCGACUUCCAUACUAAAUUUCCACCAAUUACUAAAUUUACUAAUCAGUCAAAUGGUACAGACCAUAAGGAUAGUAAUGCUGAUGAUAAUAAAAAUAAUAACAACAAUAAUUUUAGUGAACCAGAAAAAUUUGAUCCUUCAAUAAUUUCAUCUAUUCAAACAUUACCAGAUCAAGAAAGUAUUGAAAAGUUAACAAAACUUCAUAAUGAAUUAAAUUCUGUGUAUGCACCAUUAGCUGCUCAACAUGCUGCACUUCGUGAGGAUAUAGCUCGUGUUGCUGCUGAUAUUCUCUAUCAACCACAAUCAGAUAAAGAAGCGGAAAUAUUGAAAAUAGUUGGGCUAAAACAUUUAUGCAAAAAUGGUAAUGUGUGUUCAACUCCUGGUGUAGUUCGACGAGCUAGUGUUACACCUACGCCUACGAAUUCCAUGUCUGCAUCAAAUGAAAAUAUUGAUACAAGUACAAAAUACUUAAACAGUGAUGGUGUCUACGAACCUGUUGUAAAUAAAGAAAUACUCAGAUGGUUAACUGAUUGGCGUUUAAGACUUGUAAAGGAGAAAGCUCGUUUAGUCGGCACCUGUGAAGAAUUGAGAGCUUAUCUAUUACAAAUGUGGAGGAGACUAGAUAAACCUGAGUCAGAACAAAAAGAAUUUCUUGAUGCACAUUCUGGUUAUAAACCUGAGGAUUUAGAAGCCCUUCAGGAAGAAGUUGAUCGAUGUCAGCAAUUGAAAUGGGAAAAUAUGCAAACCUAUUUAACUCGUUUAGAAAGUGAAGCACUUCGAUUAGCUAAUCUUUGUUGUGUUGAUGAAAAGAUUGUUCAACUGCCCAAUGGUUGUGAUAAACGUGAUCCUGAAGUUUUAGUCAAUCAUUUAGAGACUGUAUUAGAACAAUUAAAUCAAACCUAUUCAUUAUAUCGUCCUGUAUAUGAAUGUAUUGCUGUCUAUGAAAAUUGUUGGAAACAAUUAAUUGAUGUAGAAGCACGUCUUAAAGAUCCAGCAAUAUUUUUAAAUCGUGGUGGUAUAUUAUUAAAAACUGAAAAAGAAAAAAAACGUUUACUGAAAGAAGUUGAACGUACUGAAAAAGAAGCCUUAUCAGCUAUUGAACAAUAUGAAGCGAAAAGUUCAUCAAAUUUUCUCUUAUCUAAUGGUAAACCAUUUACUGAACAUAUUAAUGAUAGAUGGAAUAAUUAUAAAACACUUAAAGAAACAUCAAAAUCACGUCGUUCAAUUAUUCCAAAUAGUAGUAAUUCAACUGUGAACAAUACUGGUAAUAAUUCUGGUAGUACAACUCGUCCAACUUCAGCGAAUUUAAUGGGAUCACCUAUAGCUCAUAGUUAAUUAUUAAUAUUUACAGCGUAUGUUCCUACUCACAUUAUUGAUCAUUGAACAAACAACAAAAAAAGAAUACCCGCCAACCUUAAUUUCGAACUGUACAUACUGAAAUGUGUAUACGUGUGUAACUAGACUUUCAUUUCAAUUUUUAGGCUGUGAAAUAAUAUUUGAUCAUCAAAAAAUAAUAACAACAACAACUCACGAUACAAUGGAUAUGAAUGUGAAUGAAUCCAUUGUUCAAUAAUUAUAAACUUCCUUUUUUUGUUUAUUUAUUCUAAUUGUCUUACGCUUACUUUUUGUCCUUGAUAGUCAUUUUAAUUUCAUUGGUUAAUAUUUAUUUAUACCUUAGUCCUUGAAAAAUAAUCAAUAAUUUCACUAUCACAAGUCACUUAACUUGCUAAUGUGAUAUUUUUUUUUCAAAAUUAUAUAUUACGCUGCCUUCUACAACAAGUGGAGAAACGGCCAUCAUCAUCAUCAUCAUUAUCAUCAACAACUACAACAGCAUUAUUUACCUCAUUUUGUUUUAUUUUACUUGUCCGCACAUAUACUACUACUGCUAUAAUUACUUACGAAAAAUAUGCAAACAAGAGAUUCUUCAUAUUAUGUUCACAUAGUCAUGGUGUUAUUGGGUACAAAUGACAUGUUUGCUUCUAUCAGUAUGCUUGUGUAUGUGAUCGAGUGCGUUGGUGCUUACGUGUGUGUAUGUAUGUGUGCGAAGCGUAUUGUGCAAUAUAUCAAUUUUUGCUUUCUUCUUUUUCAAUAAUAUCACUAUCUGUUUUUCUCUUUUGAUCAUUCAUUAUAAGGAAACACUUUUGGUGUUCUUUCGUUCGUUCGUUGGCUUUGUUCUGUCUUGCUGACUUCAUCUUUUCUCAGUUGCUGUUUUUUUUUGCCAUUCAUGUAGCUAAUCAUUUAUCUAUCUGCAGUCAGUUUAUUGGUUUGCCCUUUUCAUUUUGUGUUUUUGUCUUUUGAGAAACAACUCGGUAUUUGUAUACUGCUUUCUGCAUUGAUACACAUACUUAUUAUUAUUACUACCACCACCACUACUAAUCGUAGAAUAGAGUAUUAUUGGGACGGUGGGUAUGGUGUUUGUUUGUAUACCAUUUGGUUUUACGAUACAUACUGGGUGAUCAGUUAUAUAUUUUGAUGAUUACAUAACUAUAGAAGAUGAUUAUGUGUUUAUGAAAUGAUGAGUAAUUAAAGUUUUAAUAAUAAUGAUAAUAAUAAUAGGGACAAGUAGUUUGGUUGUGUUUCCUGGUCGACGACGCAUUCGUAGACCCCGUAAGAGAAAGAGGACAUCGCCGUUACUGAAGCCCCUAUGAAUCCACUCGCGAUGCCAAAAACAUGGUGAUUAUCUAAUAAAUUGGAGAAAUUAAUAUUGAGGUUAGGCGUCGAGUGCUAGGUAAUGAGGAGAAAUCAAUCGACGAGGCUGUGAAGUUAUAUUGACUGAGAUGGUUAGGACAUGUGU